AAGAAACGAAAGACAAGAAGAAGAAACGAGAGAAAUGGCGAGCGUGAUUCCCGACGAGCAGUAUGAGACUCAGUUCUUUGGGUUUUCUCCUUCCUCCUUUCUCGACGGAGUGAAGGGGCUCGUUUUGGACCGGCUGAGUGAGGCGACAGAACAGCUGGAAGGCCAUCUCUCUCAGAUCCCAGAGGAAAUCAUCUCAAAGGAAGAGGUUUCACGCGGCAUUGGCCUCCUGCGUCAACAGACUGACAGCAACUACACUAAAACGAUGCAGAAACUAGAAGCACACAUCCUCGAAAAUGUGAUGAAAAUCCCUGCCCAUGUGCUCCUGCCGUCGGAUGUCGAACAGCAGUCUCAAGCAUCUGCAUCAGAUAUUACAUUGUUGCACACAGAGAUGGAGAAACUUCGAACCCAGCUGAAAAAUGAGAAGCUGAUGCAAGCCAAGCUUAAAGACGAGCUGCAGGACAUUGAACAGGUCCUGGAGGAACAACAGAAGAUGAAGACCGAGGUGUUUAAUGAAAGCUGGAUGACGCAGCUUGAAGAGGCAAAGGAGAAACUGCUCUUUGUCCACGAGAAUGACGAGGAGACCCUGGCCGUUGCAGCAGCCAUUCAGAAGAAGGCGGCAGAUCUUCGGAUUAGUGGCAACACACCCACCGCCGUGCAGAUCCUAACAACUAAUAUUCUGAAAUAGUUGAUGGCUUCUUUAGCUAUUCCUGUGUGAUCUUCAUAACCUUCAAAUUUGCCUGGCUGUAACCUAUAUUUUCAAAUACAUAUUUUUUUUCAGAAAACUUAUUCUAGUAACAAAUUGUAAGCUUUAAUGAAUAAAAAGAAAUUAUUGCAUAUUAA